AAACCAAAGAUUCUCUGUCUGAUACCCUGAAGUAGUGAGAGCUUUUACUUUGAAGGGAUCGGCUAACAUCCGCUCUGGCCCCUGCCCUUUCCUGUUAGCUAACGCAGAGCUUUCAUCUUAUACCAUAUUUAGCUACUUAACAUUAUCUAUUUGAUAUAUUUACGCAGUCUAUCGUACUUUUUAGACCAAACACAAAUAUGGCAGAAGCCAUUCAAAAGAAAUUGAAAGCGGAAGUAGAAAAGUAUACACAGAUGCAGAAAGAUGUUAGCAAGAGCAUGUCAGCCAGACAGAAGCUGGAGACGCAGCUGACAGAGAACAACAUUGUCAAAGAGGAGCUUGAUCUGCUGGGCAGCACAAACACUGUGUAUAAGCUUAUCGGCCCAGUAUUAGUGAAGCAAGACCUGGAUGAGGCCAAAGCCACAGUCACAAAAAGGCUGGAGUACAUCAAUGGAGAGAUUCAAAGGUACGAAACGGUCCUGAAAGACAUGGAGAAGAAAUCUGAACAGCAUCGAGAAGUCUUGUCCAGUUUACAGCAGGAGUUUCAGAGAGCUCAGGGCCUGGCUGUCGGCAAAGUCUGACCAAGUGAUCCAGCUUCAUGCUUACACACACACACACACACACACACACACACACACACGAUGUAAACCUUCAACAUAAAGCUGAGUAAAUUCUGCUUGUAUCUUGUCAUUCAUUUGUUAUUACAGUGACUCUUCCCGUGUUACUAAUAAACCUGUUUUUCAUGAAAGGUCA